UUACAGGACCUCAGCUGCGUCCUGUUGACAUUCUAUAUCGAAGGCGUUUCAACAAAAUUCCAUUUGGGCAAGACCACUCGAGCCUCAAUGCACAAUGUUUACAUACAACAGACGGGCAAUCGAAUAGUCACAAAAAGGGUGGCAUUUGAGGGUACACGUGCCCUUUUGGCUCAUCUAUCAUCCCAGUCACGACCCGACAAUGUACAAGGUGAACCAAUUCUAAUUGAAACUUCGGAAAAACAAUUAGAAGAACGUAUCACUCUCGACGUGGGACGGGCACAUGCCCAGCUGAGACGUUUAAAAACCGAAAGUACCACUGGGCCAGAAUCGCCGAUAAUGGUGACCAUACCAGAACCUAAGAGUAAAGUUUUAUUUGAAUGCCUAAAAAUGACCGACAACACAGGAGUUGAUAGUAUUGGUUAUUAUUUUGAAUGUGGCCUUGAAGGUGUGGGUGAAGAUGGGUGUAAAAUCGUUAAGUUCCCACUUGAAAAGUCUGAAAACUCGAAAGAAGAAUUGGCUGAAAUGGCCGAGGAUGGUGUACUCAAUGAUUUGGUGGAAAAUUUACAAUACCACUACGGCAGCGGCUGCCAAUAAUCCACAAAUUGAUGUUCCACAACAUCGAGAGCUGAGGCGGCGUGGCGUAUGCUGACCAAAAAGCCGCCAACACCGAAGACACCCAGAAAAUUUCAAACUGCUUUGGAAAAUAUCAUUGUCACAGAACGUGUGGAGAAUCUAAACGACAAUCGCAAAUCUACACCCAAACCACCAGCAAUGGAUGAGGAUAUUGAAAAGGGAAAGGUACAAAUCAGACGAAAGGAAAGCCCGAGGGUUUUGAUAAAGUUGCCAACAAGGAAACGGACAAAACUUUCAUCAUGUGUUAUUGAAUUAAAAUCGGUAUGGCUUAAUUUUGCUGCACCGCCAUGUGUGCCGAUAACACGAAAAAUUGAUUUGACACGAUUGGAUUGGAACCUCUUGAGUACGGCGUCGCCAGCCAUAACGGCAUGGAUGAAUCCCAGUAAUCGUUUGGCCAUUAAAAUUGUGGCACUACUUAAAGCAUUGCAUACACGGCAAACUUCGGUGGCAGCUUGCCUUAUGGCCGAUGCAUUGGAGAAUGAGAAGAUUCAGAGGAAUCCAAAAAUUAAAAGGUAUGUUAGUGGUAUGGAAAGUCGUUAUGCCAAUAACUAUACCCUACUGUCGAAGACAUUGCAAGAAGAUCCCAGCUGUCAGUUGUGUUUCAUUACAAAAUUGGUGCUUGAUGAGGGCGUCCAAAAGGUGGAGAGAAUUUUCAAACAGGGUGAUGUACCACAUCUUAAUACUCUGAGACAGGGCAUUAUUGUUCUCAGUCGCCAGUGGAAGAAUUCCCUCUACAAUCCCAUAUUGUUUGAACAUCAAUACAAAAAUAAAUUGACACGUCCCAUAAAUGUUACCUUUUCAUUCCAAAACGAAGAGGAAUGCGAAGAUCCAGAAUGUGAAGGUGAUAAUGAUUUAGGGGCAUAUGCUGGUGUUGGAGACAAUCCUAGAGAGAGUGAGAGCUUAUUACUUGGGCAAACACAGCAUCAUCGAACUCAUAUUGAUUCCAAUCAAUUUGGCAUGGCUUAUCCAAGUGAUGGUGUGCUACAUGGAUCACAACGUUCGACAUCGACUUCACCAAAUAUUCAUUUGACAAGAAGAGGCAUACAAAUGUUGCCCAUUAUAUCGGGCUUGGUUGAUAAGCAAGAAUAUGGUGCCUUACAAGAGGGUUCCAUCAGUUCCACAAAUUCCGUGAAUAAGUUUUGGCUAAGCUCUUCGGACAAUCAAAAGGAGGACUUAUACUUUUGGAUGGCUAAGCAGCAGGAAAAUAAGAAAAGAAGCAUUGCCGAAAAGGAAAUUCUACGUCCAACGCCAGUUAGUAAAAUGCCUGGAAAUGUACCGCUGCGUCCGGGUAUAAUGCAGGACUCGAUUACCCUCUUGGAUGCCCAUUAUUUUGAGCCUCUACUGACAUGUCUGGGAGUUAUGCCACAGCAAAUGAUUAAUAAAUUUUCCAAUGCAGAUAUUUCAUCAUUGGAAAACUUUGGCACAAAUCUAUCACUGAUUGGCACCUUCGAUUCGAUACGUGUGGAUAUUGUGGUCUCAGAGGCGGGGGAUAAAAACAAAACGAAGACAACAAAAUUGCCAAGCAAGAAGGCGAAUGGUAGGCCAACCAUAAUGAUGGAUACACCAUUGUUUUUGUGUGAACGUGUUGGCAUUGAAUUGGAAGUCUUGAAGAUGUCCGACGGAAUGGUUGAUACGGCUAGGCAGAAUGUCAUAUAUAUGUCACGUAGACAAAUGAAAAAACAUACCAGUACUGUGAUUAAUUUUAGUAUAAAUAUUAGAUUUAUUUCGCAACAGGUCAACAUGCCUCUAUUGCGUUUAUUACAUCAGAUAACCAAUAUGUAUCAAAAUGUUAAGGAUGCCCAAAAUGAAUUCCAUGACCAACCGGAUAUAAGUAAAAAAUCAAAUGCCAAGGAUGAAUAUAGUUUGGCCUCUGAACCCAAUGAUAUUAUGCCUUUUGGCUCCGUCUCGGAUCGUUUCAAUCACAAUGAAAAUUCUUCCGAUGAGCGAUAUGAUAAAUUCAAUGAAAUGGUUACAAUGACGCACACGGGAAGCAAAAUGAGACCUCUCAUUCAGCUGACACCUUCGCCAAGCGCCAAAAACCGUCCUCAAUCAUUUGCCCAAAAACUACGAUCCACAGGGAAAUCGGUAAAGGGCAAAUUGGGUUAUACCAAUCUCAAUGAAUCAUCUUCAUCUCCGCUAAGAGAUAGCCCAACAACAUCCGUCUCAGAACAUCAUAUGUUUAAACUAUCGCUGGAAUCAAAAGCUUCGCUUAAUGGUGCCGGAGCCUGUGCCACUAGUGUUAGUGGCGAUUAUAAUACAAUAACUAAAAAUGGUUUCACUGCCAUUAUACCACCUCUAUUGGAUACACCAAAUUGUUGGAAAACUAUCCAUUUAUUGGAAUUAUACGGCACAAUGCCAGAAACUAAAACGGUACAACAAAGGAUUUCAUUGACCAAUGAAAGAAACCAUGGUGGUGGUUAUGGCCGACAAGAUACCCGCAACGAUGAUGAUGAUUUGACAAGUGCACCCACACCACUGCCACAACAUAAGGAAAUAUUUGAUAGUAGCUCACAGGAGAAGACGCGUUUGAUAGUAUUUGGUGUCGCCAAAAUACACAAGACCCGUCUUUUGGCCACAUUGAGUGGUCAAUUGGAAGCUGAAAUAACCACUCUGAAUGGUUCGGCAACGUGGCGUAAAAAGGCAAGGCCUGUUUCGUUGGAGUGUUCUCUCACCGGGCAGGUGGGAAGAGCCAUGAUUGUGCUCCUGGAAGGUGUGGCUCCUAAUCAACAAACUGUUGUCAAAGUAACGGUGGGUAAGAGUCAAACUCUCUACUCCAGUCUCACGAAACGAGGACGUGAUAAAAAUAGUGGUCUUCUGUCAAUUGGCCCUGUUAAUAUAGAGAUUCCCCAACAUCCUGUGGCGCUACAUGGUAUGAUGACACGUUCUUCAAAGCAGCUCUCGUCAACGCUACAAGAGCUACGAGUGGGUCGCAAUUCUGGUCGCACCGCAUCAAGAACACACAAUGUCGAUGAACCAGAAUCUCCAUUUCAUUCGCGGAACUCUGGUUCAAAUAUGGAUACCAAAGAAAAACCACCACAUCAUAGUCGUAAAUUUAAUACUCAGACAAGGUCACAACCUCAACAGAAUGGUUUGCUGCAACCUUUGGUUAUGCAGUUCAAUGUCCUUCUACAAUCGUUGUCAAUUAAUGCUGCCCUACUGCCAUCGCUACAGGCUCAAUAUCGUAUGAAUCAUGUCAGUUCAACUGGUGUGUCGGGAAAUCGAGCGAAAUUUGUCAUUGACUUGCCUACGCAUACACUGAGUUUUAAUACUAAAAUUCAGAAUGAAAUGAAUCUACCAUCCGAGGCAUGUAUUGCCCUGCCACCAGUCCAUGUAAGUGCUGAGUAUAUACCCGAACAUCGCCAGGAAGAACAUGAACGUGUUGAGGGUGUGAUUUUGCGACAAGGAGGUUAUGUUAAUGCCUCUGCCGAAAUUGGAGAAUUUGAACGGUGUCUCACAACUGAUUUACUCAAUCAUUUGGUAUUUGUGCAAAAAGUGUUUAUGCGUGAAAUUAACGAGGUGUUGCAAAAGGUGUAUGGUGGUGAAAAACCAGUACCUCUUUGGUCGGAGGAUAGUGAUAGUGGUAGUGUCCAAGAGUCAAGUCUAAAACGUAUACUUUUCUCUUUAAAUAUAUCAAUGAAACGUAUCCAGCUGACGGCCACCACACCCUGCAAUUCAGCGGUGCGUUUCGAAACGGGAACCCUGGAAUUGCAUUUAUCCAAUCGCGUCAAAAAUUUGGGUGAAGGCAAUGAUCGUAAAAUGUUCGGUAAAGCUCAUAUCGAUUUUAAUCUGUCGCUCGGUCAACUGAUACGUAAUGUGAUAUUUGAUGAGGCCGAACCGGAAUUUCAACAAUAUGCGUUUUUUCACACAACUAUCGGUUUACGUAAUGCAUUCCAAGAUGAAUUACUUAACGAGGACAAAGAAUUGAUCCUGCUAACGUUAAAACGUCCUUUGGUAUACAUUCAGCCGAUAGCUGUUGAUAAGGCCAUAUUAGUGUGGUUGAACUAUAAGAAUGCCUAUGAGUAUUGGGCUGAGAAGCGUGCGAAUUUGAAUUAUGAAAAUGCCCAACAGCAAUCGCAACAGGUUUUUGAUAGAGUGCCAUUUAAUCAGUUUAGCAACAUAGCUGGUUCGAAUCUGUCAACAUUGUUCCUACAGCUGACUGUAGAGGAUAUGGGCAUAUGUCUGCCGUUGAAUCCAGUGGCUAAUUCCUGGGGCUCAAGGUCCUAUCAAGAUUUUGAACCCAAAGGAGCUGUGGUCAUCACCCUGGAAAAUACCAUAAUAUCUGCCUGCAAUUCCGGCUCCCUGGUGUCCAAGGGAAAAUUCCAAGGUUUGUGUUUACGGUUUGCUGAUGAUUUUGAAACAACGUUGGACGAUUGGAAACCAAAUUCCAGUGAACCUAUAAUGAAUGUUUGUGUGGUGUCUGAGGGCACCUAUGAGGUUUGCUCCUGUACCACAGCUGCGAAGAAAAUGGAAAAUGCCAAAUGGCUGCUGAAUGUUAAAUGGCAAAUGGAAGGUGUUGAUAUCCAUUUGGAUAUUAACAUCGGCAAACAAUUGUCCUCUUUGGGUCAUACCCUUACCAUGCUAAGUGGUUUCGAGGAGGAAGAGACCAAUUUAGAUUCACCCGACAGCGAGGAUGAAGACAAGUCACAGCGUGAUACCUUUGGACGUCGUAGAGAAUUUGAGAAUCUACCACCGUUUGUUUUUGAUCCUACCAUUGAUUCGAAGAAGCGUUCAUUUAUGAUGGAAAAAGAAAUGGCCGAACAGUUGAAGAUCAUUAAUGAUUUGCGUACCUUGGGGGCAACACAAAAUACGAUUGCCCACGAGGAACGGAGACUACAAGAAUUGCAAGCAAUAUGCUAUAAAUUCUUUAGAAGAGAUAUGAUCCAAAAAUGGAAACGUCCUUCGAUGCGUAGAAGUAUGAAGACAUCUCAGAGAUCCAUAUCGUUUAUGGGUGGCUCCCAUAGUCAUCACAUUGAUGAUGGUUUGGCCACAUAUUCGGGAAGGAGAUUAGAUCCCAUUGCCUCCAAUGAUGAAAUAUCAAGUUUGCAAUCCACACCAGCCUCAUGUCAUUCGAGGAGUGCUUCACUCAAGACUUCGGCUACAAAUCGUGUAACAUUUUCGGAAACAAUGCGGCAAACAUCUUUGCCCAAUGCCGAUAGUGAUGAUGAGCCACAGAGCACAAAUUCCCAAGAUGCUCACACGGAUACACCACCCAGUGAGAUAGACAUUGAUGGCACCUCGGUGGAAAUGCGACGCAAACAUCAGUAUCAACAAAAGCAGCAGGAACCCAAUAUAGAUUUUGAGUUGGAUAUCAAGGUAUUGGUGAAUUCGGGCAAAUGUGUUCUACACACCAAGGAGACCACAGAAGAUCGGUUUUGCAUUUCUGGACCAACAACCGUUAAGACUCACAAACGGGAAAGAAGUGUGGGCUAUGAUUGGGGUAGUCCAACACCCUCACGUAGGCAAAGGGAUAAAAGUAAGUUACGAUAUAACCCCUCCAAUGCUGCCAUGCUGACGGAUCUGACCAUAUUCCAUAUACCGGGAUUGGAUGUCAAACUACACUACCAAUCAAGGACUGUGGAACACAGUGUGGGCGAAUCAACACGCAUGGCAAGCACCGAUAGCCACCAAUCCAUGAUGUCAGGAUCAACACGGAGAAUGAGCACUAAACGGGCAUCACUAUUUGCCUGGAUGACUUUACAAUCAAUUCCCGAGGAGACAAUAAUAUCGCCACAUAUUUUGGAGUUUUUGGAACAAACCCUGGAACCCAUACCCACUAAGGCUGAACAGAGCAGCGGCUCACAGACCCCCUCUAACAAUGCUGUCAAUUUGGAUAUAUUGCCUGCGAAUUAUGUACAAUACGCCUCUUUCCCCGUAGAUGUUAUUGUCUAUUUCCACAUGCAACCCUCGACGUUUAGAUUCUCCUGCCUACCCGUAUCUCGGGUGGAAUGUAUGUUACAACUGCCCAGUUUGGAUAUUGUGUUCUCUUCGAAACGUUCGGCCGAUGAAGAUAAUCAACAAAAUCCCUUUGAAACAAAUUCAAGCACUGGAGGUGGUGCAGCGACAUCCGGCCCUGAGAAGGACAAGGACAAGACACCCCAAGGUGGCCUCAGUGUUACCGGCUGUUUGGCCGAUUUUAAUGUGUUCAUUUUCCAUCCUUAUGGUGGCAAAAAGACCAACAUAAAGGAAGCUCAAUUUUCACCACUCACCGAUUCGGAGCGCAAAGAUUCACUGAGCAUAAAUGUGGAAUUUGUAAAAUUCCACAUAACACGUUGCCGCAAGGUCUACAUCGAACCAUCUGCUUCAUCGAAAAGGUCGUUGGAUCAGUCAAAGGCUGUGGUAAGAUUCUCAACCAUUGUUGAUAUAGGCAGUGCCUCUUUCAAGUACGAUAUGCGGCGAUUGACGGAGAUAUUGGCCUUCCCCAAGGCAUGGUACAGGCGACGUAUAGUCCGUCGUUUAUUCUUGGGCGAUUUGAGUGUGCAACAAACAAAUAGUGAAAGUGGUGGCGGUGGUGAUCAUGCUGCCGGCACUCCUACGACGCCCAAAGAUUUUCAACGUACCCGCACCCCGGACAAAUCUCCAGGUGAUCCAACUGCUUUCUAUGGUCGUGAUAAGAUGAAAUUGAAUUUCGAUACUCCCACAUCAUCGACGGGUGCCAUACGUAAACUAAAAUCGCUGGGGAAAUCGUCGAGUAAUGAGUCCUCCAGUACACCACCAUCGGAGAAGAAUCAAAUCACCGCCUGGGAAACAUUGGUUUUAUUUGCAGUAAAUUUCACGAAAUUAAAUGUUCAAAUGAAUAUGGGCAAUGUUAUGGGUAAUGUGGUAUGGCUAACAAAAGAUUUCCAAUCAGAUGGUCGCCUAUCUAUCGGCAGCACCGGCUAUAAAAAUAUGUAUAUUGGCAUUUAUUUGGGUGGUUCAUCGUUGGAUGCCAAGGGUGGCAUUGUUGGUGGUAGUUUUGAGGUUAAUAAAAUCAAUAAUCGUUUUCAUAUUAAAGAAGAGUCUGGCGUGGAACCAUGUCACACCAUACGUUUGAGUUUUAUGGCAUUGGAAUUGCGUUUGGAUUAUAUGGGCACCUCGGUCUUGAUGACGAGGAUAAGUUCAUUCUCAGCUGCCAUGAAGGAUGAAUGGAAAACUACACUGCUGAAUGCUGGCAAGGCCGAGGAGACGAAAUAUGACAAUUCGGCGCCCAAGGCUAUUAUCUUUGUUCACGGAGAUUUAUCGUGGGAUCAGCUACAAAUCAUGAUUUCCAAAUCAACAACUGCCGACCUGCUGAAAAUGUACUAUAAACUGGAAGAGUUCUUUACACAACAAUUCAAGUCAUCAAAACGUGUAUUCUCCAGUCUGGAACCACGAUUGCAUGAGCGAAAUGCCAGCAUGAAGCGGCGAGCAAAUAUGAAAAAGAAAAUGAGUGGUGGGGAGAAUUUGGGUCCUGACAUUAGCAACACCGAUGCUCGACAUCAUCGCCAUUGGCAGAAGCCAUUGGAAAUGGUGGCUGGCCUGGUUGUUCCCACCUUGGUGACACGUUUGCCACGCAAUGGCAAUGUCUUGGGUGGCUCGGUGAAAUUACACGGCAAUAAUAUUUCAUUGGCCUGUUUCCAUGGCAUUAAUUUCAAAUCGAAAUCUUGGGCCUUAUUUAGUUUAAAAUCACCAUUUAUCAAUUUCACCACUGAGGCAUAUCAGGAUGCGGAGACGCGUGAGAUAUUUGUGACCCAGACAUUAACCUCAUGUCUGGGCCAGUCCAACGAAGAGGGUCAACAGCAAAAUCAUUCAAUGGCCAUUGUUAGCCGCAUUUCGAGGAAUAUUGUAUUUCCACCACAAUUCAAGACAUUGAAUGAGUGGUUCCAUUAUGCAUUUGCCAAUAGUGAAAUUGAUGCUGUUGAUCGUUUCCCCAUUCUGGAAUAUGAUCGCGAAAUUGCCUCGAAUUCAAUAGAACGUGCCAGAUCGGCUGCCUCCAGCACAGCCAGUUCAACUAAAUCUCAAGAUCGUGAAGUCAUAUUUGCCUUACCCAGUUUACAUUUGCAUUUUAGAACGGAACACAAACAGGGCCCAACAACUCCGCAGCCAUCAGAUAUGAAACCAGAGGUUAUCUGCAGUUUUACCACAGAAUUUGACGAUCACAUUUUCGUGACCGUAGAUGCUGAUGCCUUCUUCUUUUUACAUGACUUAAUCACGUCCUACGUCAAGGAGAAGGAGAAAGUGGUUGGUGCCCAAUCCGCCCGAGCAGCCUCACCCAAUCUCUCGCAAAACCUCAAACACCAGCUUAAACCCUAUGUCACCGAUGAAAUCCUUAAGGAACAACAGCAUUUAGCAUCGACAUCAUCCAACAAUUCAUCAGCUUCAAAUACUCUAUCAUCACGGAAUGCUAGCUCAAGCAAUUUAGAUGUAAACCAAACACAGCAGCAACAAUCAUCUAUGGCAAAUGCCGGUUCACAGCAUUUGGCCAAUAGCAAUCAUAAUUUGAACAACGAUACCAAAGACUCAAACACAACCACUGGCACCAGCACAUCAGCAACAAAACAAGCAACUAACACGAAUUCAAGCACUGUAACAAGUGGCGGUGCUGCAGGCUCGGCAAUAUCAUCCGGUACGUCGCAAAAUGCAACCUCAUCUGGAGCAGGUGGAGCAGCUGGCGGUGAUGCUGCUGGUAACAAUGAUACCGAUUUAGAAUCAUUCUUUCGUGAUUGGCGUCAUUUCGAAUGUCAGACAUGGCAUUUGGAACCCACGGUGCGGAUACUCUAUUGGGCUGGCAAAUCCAUUGAACCCUAUGGCAUUGAUUAUAUACUCAAUAAGUUAGGUUUCAGUCAUGCCCGCACCACAAUACCCAAGUGGCUGCAGCGGGGUUUUAUGGACCCCCUGGAUAAGGUACAGGCUUUAAUGAUGAUGCAAUUGUUAAAUAUGAUUAGGGAAAAUAAACAGGAACAAAAUGUGAAAAAUAAUAAAAAUUCCAAUUAAGGUAGAGAAGAAGCCUUCAGAGAAAAAACAAA